ACCGGGGAGGGCCGGCCUCCUUCCCCGGCCCCUUUCCCCUCUGUCCUCACGGCCGGGUUGGUGCGUCCCGGGCGGGGCGGAGCGCGCCCUCCCGUCUUCCUCUCGCGUUGGUUCCGCCCGCAGAGCUCUCGUCGUCGCCGCUGCCGCCGCUCCCCGCCGCUGCUCGCGCCCGUCUCCGCUCCGGGCCGCUCGGGCGUUUUCUCUCUGCCUUAAAGUCGGGUGUCUUUUAUGAAUAAUCAAAAGCCGCAGAAGCCGACGCUAUCGGGCCAGCGUUUUAAAACCAGAAAAAGAGAUGAAAAAGAGAGGUUUGACCCUACUCAGUUCCAGGACUGUAUUAUUCAAGGUUUAACUGAAACUGGCACUGACUUGGAGGCAGUAGCAAAGUUUCUUGAUGCUUCUGGUGCAAAACUUGACUAUCGCCGCUAUGCAGAAACGCUUUUUGACAUCCUGGUGGCUGGUGGAAUGCUGGCCCCAGGUGGUACCCUGGCUGAUGACAUGACACGCACAAACGUCUGUGUAUUUGCAGCACAGGAAGACCUAGAAACCAUGCAAGCGUUUGCUCAGGUUUUUAACAAGCUAAUCAGGCGUUACAAGUACCUGGAGAAAGGCUUUGAAGAUGAAGUCAAAAAGUUGCUGCUGUUCCUGAAAGGGUUCUCAGAGUCUGAGCGGAACAAGCUGGCCAUGCUGACAGGUAUUCUGCUAGCCAAUGGGACACUCAAUGCAUCGAUUCUCAACAGUCUUUACAACGAGAACUUGGUUAAAGAAGGUGUUUCUGCAGCUUUCGCAGUCAAGCUGUUCAAAUCAUGGAUAAAUGAGAAAGAUAUUAAUGCAGUGGCUGUCAGUCUUCGUAAAGUAAACAUGGAUAACAGGCUGAUGGAACUCUUCCCAGCCAACAAACAAAGUGUUGAACACUUCUCCAAGUACUUCACUGAAGCAGGACUAAAAGAACUUUCCGAGUAUGUUCGAAACCAACAAACCAUAGGGGCUCGGAAAGAGCUGCAGAAAGAACUUCAGGAGCAGAUGUCACGGGGCGAUCCGUUCAAGGAUAUAAUCUUGUACGUGAAGGAGGAGAUGAAGAAAAACAACAUCUCGGAACAAACUGUGGUAGCCAUAAUCUGGUCGAGUGUGAUGAGCACAGUGGAAUGGAACAAAAAGGAGGAGCUGGUAGCAGAGCAAGCCAUUAAGCACUUGAAGCAAUACAGCCCUCUACUCGCUGCCUUUACUACCCAAGGUCAGUCAGAGCUGACUCUUCUGUUGAAGAUUCAGGAGUAUUGUUAUGACAACAUUCACUUCAUGAAGGCCUUCCAGAAAAUAGUGGUGCUCUUCUAUAAAGCUGAAGUUCUGAGUGAAGAACCCAUCCUGAAGUGGUAUAAAGAUGCACAUCUUGCAAAAGGAAAGAGUGUCUUUCUGGAGCAAAUGAAGAAGUUUGUUGAAUGGCUCAAAAAUGCUGAAGAAGAGUCAGAGUCUGAAGCUGAAGAGGGCGACUGACCUGCAAAGCACUGUCCUCAGUAAAGCAAACAGGAGCUGUAGAUAGUGUCAUGUCUCACGUGUCCUUCUGAUUCUUACAUCCUACCUCCCUGUAUCAAGCAUGAUAUAAGGGCUCUCAUGGCAAUUUACAUUAACCGUUUUCUAUAGUUACUGAAAUACUGGGUUUAGUUUUUAAAACUAUGUCUUACGUAGCUUACAGGAGCCAUUAUAGAUUUGACUCUUAAUCUGCAUUUUGUCCUUUCAGUUAUAUUCUACCUCCUGUAUUUUCUACUGUAAUAAUGUAAUUUAAGGCCUUCCACAACAAGAUUAAUUUUACCCUUUGGGUUUUCUAUCUAUUAUUUCAGUAGACAUGAUAUGGUGAAUGAGAUUUAUGGCAGUUCUGUUUGCAAAUUAAAACUGUAAAAAGCCUCUGAAGUGAAGAGGCCAUGGCUUGUGUGCUAACUUGCUGUGAUGCUUGUCUGUGCCACUUGCUCCCAAUAACCCCAUCCAUCGGUGGUUGUCCGUCUCCCCAAGGACUUCAUCUCUUACCCUGCUUCCAGCAUAAAGCAGUCCUCUCUUCCUCCAUUCCAGCUGCCCAGCGAGGCAGCUGCCCUGCUCUAGGGAGCUCUGUGUCCUACCGGAGAGAAGCUGUUCUGGUGGCAGCAAAUGGCAAUGAUGGUGGGGGACAAGGGAGGCAUGUCCGAGCCUGCCUUACAGCCAGGGGCAGUUGCGCCACCGCUCUCCUGGAGAGUUCCAGCAGUGCUGCUCCGCAGGCAGCCGCCCAGCAGCUCGCGGGCUGAGCAGCUUGCUUGCGACAGGGCUAGGUGGUGCGUGCUGCUGGGGGCAAGGCAGGCAGAAUGCCCCCCUCUCCCUGAACUUUACAGGCUCCUUCAUGCUGGUAGUUGACAUGUCAAACCAAACAGUUUAUCUACCCUGAAACUUUUAAGUUCUUAACUGAAAUUCUCAGGACAGCUCAUAAUUCAAGGAUAAUUCAUAAUUUGGUAAAAGUAAAGAAUAUACUGUUGUAAGCUAGUAAAUAAGCAUUAACUGAAUGAUGGUAACCAGAAUAUGCCUACUAAAAUUAAAAAAAAAAAAAACAAAACCAAAACACACACC